AUGUGCCAAAUCGAUGUUGAAUGGUUUCCCUUCGAUGCUCAGACUUGCGAAAUGAAAUUUGGUUCAUGGACCUAUGGUGGUUUAGAAGUGGAUCUUAAACAUAAAAACGAGCAGAUGCAGCAUGAGGAACAAGAAUUAACAGUUGGACCCGAUGGGGAGAAUCAAUGGGAAACGGUUUUUAGAAAAAAAAACAGUAAAUAUCAGAGUUUUCAGGUCUGGGUUGUUGAUGAUGGAAUCGAUCUAAAUGAUUAUUAUCCGAGUGUAGAGUGGGACAUUCUGCGUGUGCCUGGAAAACGGCACCAGAAAAAAUAUCCUUGCUGUAUUUCGCCUUUCAUUGAUCUUACUUAUGAGAUACAUCUGCGUCGAAAAACGCUCUUCUACACUAUAUCGCUUUGUAUUUCGAUUCUUAUUUCGUUGACAGUCUUCUUUUUACUUCUCGUUGAAAUCAUUCCUUCUACUUCGCUUGUUAUUCCUUUAAUAGGCAAAUACCUUCUUUUUACAAUGGUCCUGGUUACACUUUCGGUAUCCUAUGUUCUUAUCCAGCUAUUAAUUCAUUUAAUUUGCAGGUCAUUACUACUUGUUUAA